AUGGACUCAUUUCUGUUGCAAAUAAUCGCUUUGAUUCUCAACAUCUCGUCCAUCGAGAACUACGUGGACAUCGAUGUCCUCAAGUGGUUCAUAUGGCUCUUCACCCCCAUUGUGGUCAGUGAUCUCAUUGUCAUCACUCACACCAUUGCCAUCAUUAGUAUAACAUUUCUUUUGCCGGUUUUGAUAAUAUUGUUGUUGUAUUUGUCGGCAUUAAUAAUCUUCAUAUACAGACACCGACAACAACUGGACCUGUCGGCCAUCAAAGACGCCAUCGAGAGGAAACACUACUGGGACGGAGCCCUUCACGCCGUGGCCGUCCUCUGGGAGGCGCACGGCUUCCUCUGGUAUGGCUAUGAAGUGAUCGGUUUGGAGAACAUCCCCGACGAGGGACCCGCUUUGUUGGUGUACUACCAUGGUGCCAUUCCCCUCGACUACUACUACUUAGCCGCCAAAUGUCUGCUUACGAAGAAGCGACUCAUCCGAGCGGUUGGCGACCACUUCCUCUUCAGGAUUCCCGGUUUGCAGUCAUCUCUAUGUUGUCCUAAUUGUAAUCCAUUUACCCAUCGAUUGAUAGGUUGGAAACUAAUGAUGGAAGUGCUCCAAGUCUUCCCCGGCUCCCACAACACGUGUACAACUGUUCUCAAAGGAGGAGAUUUACUCUCAAUAGCACCGGGAGGAGUUCGCGAAGCCCAAUUCGGUGACGAAAGGUAUCGGUUAAUGUGGGGCCAGAGGAAAGGGUUCGCCAGAGUGGCCAUCGAGGCUCAGGUGCCUAUCAUUCCAGUGUUCACUCAAAACAUUAGAGAAGCAUUUCGUUCGCUAUCUUUGGGCCAAACAUUUUUCCGACGAAUUUACGAGAGAAUCAAACUUCCAAUUGUUCCCAUUUAUGGCGGGUUUCCAGUCAAACUGACCACUAUUGUCGGUAAACCCAUUCAAUUCGACCCCACGUUGUCUGUUGACGAAGUCGUCGAUAAAACUUCAUUUGCAAUCGAAGAACUGAUACGAAAAAAUCAAAGAAUUCCCGGAAGUAUACUGAAAGCAAUGAUCGACCGGUUCUAUAGUUUUCCAAAAGAAAAGGAGACUUCAUUUGCAAUCGAAGAACUGAUACGAAAAAAUCAAAGAAUUCCCGGAAGUAUACUGAAAGCAAUGAUCGACCGGUUCUAUAGUUUUCCAAAAGAAAAGGAGAUUCUAUGCAUAAUACUUGAGUCGAGAGUUGUUUCUCCCAUAAGGGGUCCGGAAAUGACAACAAAGAUAAAGUUGAGGGCAUUAGUGAUGGGAACGGCUAUUGUGAUGGGAUUGAUUGGAGUGAUGGACGUCUUCCAUGUCUUGACUGUAUCUUUUGAGAAGUGGUGUAGAGAUACCCCAAACAGUACCCAUUUCCUUAAAAUUUAA